CGAUUUUAUACCUCGGUUCAGUUGUUCGAGAAACUUUGCACGAAACAAAAGCGAAUAUCGCACGCGGCAGAAACAGCUAGCGAAUUCACAGAAAACCAGACAUGACCCUUUUCCCGACGCGCCUCACUGGCAGCCUGUUGGUUGUGGGCCUUCUAGUAUUGGCCCUAACCCCCGAUGACGUGCACGCCAAGUGGAAGUCCGGUGGUGGUAGCAGAAGUCGCUCUAGUUCCAGUUCCAGCAGAAGGACCCCUUCGCACACCUACUCAUCCCACCCGGCUCCCUCACACUCCUUCUCCUCCCACCCGGCUCCCUCACACUCCUUCUCCUCCCACCCGGCUCCUGCUCCCCACGCAGAUAAUGUCAGGCUGAGUUACGGUAGUGGAACCCACUCGCAGCCGAGCAAGGUGAGCAGCUCUCAGACGCACAGCGCGGCCCCUUCAGCCCCCGCCUCGCCGAUCGGCUGGAGUGUCCCUGCCAAGCCCCAAGGACCUCCGCCGGCAUACUCUGCCUCGAACCCUGUGGGUGGGGCUCACACCAACAUUCACGAGCGACCGCCGGCCUACAACCCGGCUUACAAGCCAGCACCGCCCAGCUAUUCGGCGGCCACUCAAACGCACAGCAGCCCGAAUCUGCAGAGCCCAGCCCGUCCAGCAGGAGUUGGCAGUCCCAGUUCCAGUUCGAGUGGAUCCCACUACUACGGCGGAGCGCACUCCAGCACUGGGUAUAGGGGCCGAAGUAACUCCACGGGCGGAUAUGGCUCCUCCGGUGGAUACCAGCCCAUCUCGGCCACCAACGCCCACAACGUGCAGUCUAGCUAUCCCCGGCAGCAGUUGCCACCGGGAGCCACCUACCACCCGGCGGGACAAAUUCCCGCCGGAGCCACUUACCAUCCAGCGGGACACUUGCCGCCAGGGGCCUCGUACCACCCAGCGGGUCAGGUGCCGCACGGAGCAACUUACUACCCAUCCGGUCAGAUUCCUGCAGGUGCUACUUACCAUCCCUCAGGUGGCUAUCCAGCUGGCGCGUCUUACCACCCCGUCGGACAAGUGCCGCAUGGAGCAACCUACUACCCGCAAGGACCCCCCGUCGCCGCAGGCCUUCCGCCCGGCGCCACCUUCCUGCCCGCCGGAGGAGCUUUGCCCGCGGGAGCCGUUUACUAUCCACAGGCGCCGCAAAAGUCCUCCUCAGGCUUGGGGUUGGGCACUGGUCUUAUUGCCGGAGCUUUGGGUGGUGCUAUCCUGGGCCACGCCCUCACCCCAACACAAACUCGUGUGGUGGAUCACUCCUAUUCCGGCGGUGGUGGAGGUGGAGGAGUCAGCCAGGGAGGCGACGACAAGAUCAUCAUUAUCAACAAUGGACCACCCGGAUCUGUGACCACCAGUGAUGUGGGAUCGGGCACUACGGUCAUAAAUACCGGAGGAAACCAAGCAGCUGGAUCUCCUUCGCUACCAGUGCCACCUGUAUAUGCAGCUCCUCCUGCUUCAGUCUCCCAGGCCCUUCCCGUUCCUCCUGCUCCGACAGUUCCAGGCGCUGUUCCUUUAGCUCCUCUGCAACCAACACCAGCUGAUCCAUCGGCUCCUGUUCCUACCUCAAGAACUCCCGCUGCUCCGGGAAACACCGUUGCCCCUGGAGCUCCAGUGGCUCCAAAUCCGGCGGAUCCCAAUGCCCCUGUUCCCCCAGCUCCCGGCGCACCCGCUGAUCCGAAUGCCCCACCUGCUGGCAACAUUAUUUGUGUGCCUGUUAAAGUUCCUGGCCCGGAUCCGAACGAUUCCACCAAGACGAUCGAGCUAGAUCAGAUUGCCUGCUAUCCGGCACCACCGCCGGAAAUUGCUCCUCCAGCCAAUGGAACCGCACCGGCGAUGGAAGGAACUAUUCCCGGUCCCGUUUCCGCUUCCGGAUCCGUUCAACUUGCUCCAUUCGAGGCCACAACACCAGUCGCCGUUCCUGAGGGGUCUGUGGCGUUGGCUCCCAUCAUCCCCGGAGGUCAGCCGGAUAUCAUGAAGAUGCCUGGUCUGACACAGGCUCGACUUUCGGCGGAAUCGGGCCUCAGGGAUGCUCAUAGUAUGGCGGACCGAACUAUUGGCCACUUUAGCCUCAUCUCCACUGUGGUAACCCUGAUUGUGACCUACUGUCUCCACUAACCCAUCAUCACCUAACCCGUUUCAUUGGCAAAUGCAAAGCUUUACCUAAUUUAUUGCCCUUGUAGGGAACACGAGAUGCGAAUAGAUUUAUAUGUCUAACUUCAAACGGUUCUCUUUUAUAUUUUGUAUAAAAGAUUACAUUUUUCUAAUAUACUCGUAGUUUUUCUAUAGUCCAACGUAAGCUACCAAUAAAUGUACCAAACCACUAAAAACGAUAUAGAAUUCUUUAGGAAAAAUAAAACGAAAGGGGUUGAUGUAAUAGUCACAGCUUAAUCUAAAUACUAAAACAAAGCUUUUAGAGUUCUUAUCUGCAUAAAAGGGACUACAUAAUGUACUAUUUAAAUUUGAUUUUACAUUAAUAUUUAAAAAAAUGUUAUCAAGUAGACCUAUGGUUUUACUAAAAUUAAUUUAAUAAAAAACAUAUUCAGUGAUUACAA